CCCCCCCCCGGCCUCCCCGCUGUCACCCGGCGGCCGCGCGCGAGCUCGGGCACUGCCUGCGGGGGACGGCACGUGGAGGCUGCUCGCGAUUGAGUCUCCUGAAUACCUGGGGCAGCCUGAGGAUCCGGCUCCACCAAGGUGCCACAGGACGUGUUCCUCUCUGCGCUGCACUGGGACCUUCCCCGAAUUCUUCGGUUGCAAAGCUGCUUGACAGUUUUGUUUGUAUCCCGUGCCUAGGCGCCCUGCACUCUGAAGUUGCACUACUCAGGCCUGGGUUCUCCUCUGAGUUUUACCACUGAUCCCUGGUACAAAUUCAAGCCUGUGCUCAAAGUUGAAAAAAAGCACAAAGCACAGCUCAAAUUUGCAUCAGACAGAAAGUGAACUUAGGGCAGCGUGCAUGGCUCUGGUGUGGGACAGGUGAUAGACUCCUGAAGUGGAAGAAGUGGUGCAGAGAGGGCACCACCCAUGCUGCCCUGCUUCCAGCUCCUGCGCAUAGGAGGAGGCAGGGGUGGUGAUCUCUACACCUUCCACCCCCCUAACGGGGCUGGCUGCACUUAUCGCUUGGGCUGUAGGGCCGACCUGUGUGAUGUGGCCCUGCAGCCCCAGAGGGAGCCUGGCCUCAUCUCUGGAGUCCAUGCGGAGCUGCACGCUGAGCGCCGGGGUGAUGACUGGAGGGUCAGCCUGGAGGACCAUAGCAGCCAAGGGACUCUGGUCAAUAAUGUCCGACUCCCAAGGGGUCACAGGCUGGAGUUGAGUGAUGGAGACCUUGUGACUUUUGGCCCUGAAGGGCCCCCAGGAACCAGCCCUUCAGAGUUCUACUUCAUGUUUCAACAAGUCCGAGUCAAACCUCAAGAUUUUGCGGCCAUUACCAUCCCGAGGUCUAGUGGUGAAGAGGGAACUGGGACUGGCUUCCAGCCUAUGCUGCCCCCACAAGGGGCCCCAAAGCGCCCCCUCAGCACCCUUUCCCCUUCCCCGAAAGCCACGUUGAUCCUCAAUUCCAUCGGUAGUCUCAGCAAGCUCAGACCCCUUCCCCUCACCUUUUCCCGGAGUGGGGGUGGGCCACAGAAACUGCCUGUUCCCACUCCUCCUAGGGAGGUGGGGAGUACCCCUUCUGACCCACCCCCAAGAAAUCGGAGGAAAUCAGCUCACCGAGUGUUGGCAGAGCUGGAUGAUGAGGGAGAGAUUCCUGAGGCUCCCCCAGUCUUUAUGGAGCCCAGAAAGAAACUCCGUGUAGAGACAACCCCACAGACACCUGCUGGCAAUCGACGUGGAUGCCCUUGGAAGCACCCAGUGAGCACUCCCAGGGCUCCCCCUGCAGCUGGGGGCGAGGAGCCCUGUGCAGCCACUUGUUGCUACCUACCCCAAGAAGAAACAGUUGCCUGGGUUCAGUGCGACGGUUGUGAUGUCUGGUUCCAUGUGGCCUGUGUUGGCUACAGCAUCCAGGCUGCCAGGGAGGCUGACUUCCGGUGCCCAGGGUGUCAUGUAGGCAUCCAGACUUAAGGCCCACCACCGGGGUACCAGAGGACAGGGAGCCAGCACCUCCAGGCCAGGGGUAGACAGUGGAGCACCGAUGGAUCCUAAGAAAUGCUCCCAUCUUCCCUUGCCUCCCUGGGAGGGAAUGACUACAGGGGAUCGUGCCCAUUGCUAUGGACACUGAUUCAAGGCUGGAAGAGGCCCUCAUGGCCAAGGUGACAGAAGAGAUGGUUUCCUGCCAAAGAUAUUGUUGCCUCCGGAAGUUGCAAGCUGGAAAUUCCAUUACAAGCUGUAGGUAGGUCCUUGUCGUCAGAGGCACUAGAGUGUCUGGUCAGAGCACCCGUCAAUUGCAGAGGCAAUGCCUGGGCAGACUUGGAACAAACAAGCGCUUAAUGUUCUUGGAUGGCAUCACUAAGGCAUACUGGGAAAACCCAAGACAUGACCUCAAAGCUUUUACAUUGUGGGUAAACCACUGACAGACCAUGAUCUUGAACUGGCUUUUCAGAGCUUUGCUUCUAUUUCCAAAUAAAUAAGCAGCUUCAUUGAAUCCUA